AAAUAAAAUAAAAUUAAAGAAAUAUUCCUAUCAUUCAUUGACUUCCCACGAAUAGAAAACCAAGCAAAUGGUUUAGAAGAUUGGAGUCUGCUAAGUCCAAAAACAAUGGAUACUCAUACACUCGUCUCCUCCACCUCUUCCAUCAUACUAUCCAAACCACCCGUUUUCCCAUUUCGUACUUCUUCUCAAGCUUAUCAUCCUUCUCUUUCUUCCUUAGCUUCCUCCUCUUCCAAGACCCUCAACCUUUUCUUCUCUCCAUCCGCUUCUCGCUUUUCUCCAGUGCUUCGGAAGAAGCUUUCUGUCACUUGCGGCGCUGGUAUUCAGGAGAUUGACCAGACCCAAUUUCCAGAGUUGGUUCUCAAGUCCGACCGCCCGGUUUUGGUCGAGUUCGUCGCUAAUUGGUGCGGUCCCUGCCGGUUAAUCUCCCCUGUUAUUGAAUGGGUCGCUCAGGAAUACAAGGACAGAUUAACAGUUGUAAAGAUUGAUCAUGAUGCAAAUCCAAAAUUAAUUGAAGAGUACAAAGUGUAUGGAUUGCCAGCUUUGAUCUUAUUUAAUAAUGGAAAGGAAGUACCAGAAAGUAGGAGAGAAGGUGCAAUCACAAAGGUGAAGCUCAAAGAGUACCUUGAUCCAUUGUUGGAGUCAACUUCAGUUGUAUAGCCAGUUUCAUUGAUUGUUCUUACAUAUUGAGGAAUAAUGUGAAAUAUGUGCUUAUUAUGUGUAUUCUUAAGUGUUUAACUCGAGCUGUAGAUUGCGGAAGAUAUAUUAUGACAGAUAUUGGAGUUAUUCCAAAUGUAUUAUCCUUCUUACUUA